CAAGUGCAUGAUUUGGGCGCACGGUGGUUUGGGCAGUCCAACAAACAGGCCCGAGUGGAGAAGCAAGUGGCGAAUACGACGUCGUGGGGGUAGCGAAGCCUAUUUCCGAAGCAAGAUCGUGGACGUCGUUGGGGGGUCAGACAGCGCAAUUGAAAGCUCAGAAGCAUUGUUCCGAUAAAUCUUCGCAGGAAAACAAAACAAAAGGGAAAGGAUGAUUAGCAUUCUGAGCCAGGAACGGCUUCUGGGAGCUUCGUUGGGAGUGGUAUUAACGGGGGUGGUUGUGUUUGAGCAACGCAGAUACAUCUACGCUUCUAUUUCCGAUUCCCAAUCUCAGGUUAAAGAACCUAUAUUUGGGAAGAAGUCGCGUUCUGAAUUUUCACAUUUAUGGAACAAAACUGUGGAUCAGACAUUUGGACCUUUGAUAAAGUCUCUCAGCUCACGUGGAUGGUUCCAGCUAUAUAGUUUACGGUACUAGCUGAUAUUGGUGUGAUUGAUUAAAGGGAUAAGAUAUGGCCGUAGGUCUAGUAUCACAGACAAGAAGCCUCUCAAAACUCAGAAAGUGUUUGUGGAAUUUGAUUUUAUUGCGUGUCUGCUUGUAAUGGGUUCAGGAUUCAUGUUCAUGGCUUAUUGUAUGUUGAGAAAUGCUUCUAACACUUUUUGACGCACUCUUCUAUUGAGUAAUAUUCAUGUACGUCCCACCAAAUAUGUGGGUCAGAUAAUUUCAACCAGUCAACCAGUAAGAGUGUUUUUGAAAGAGUUAAGAGAGUGUGUUAUUGGCACUCUUCUUGUAUGUUUGAUACCAUCCAGAUUCUGUGAUA